GGCAGAUUUCACUCGUUCAAUAUUAACUUCAUCAAAACAUUUUCUGGGACCAUUGGUCUUGACAACAGCGCUGACAAUUUGUUUUUUACGUCGUUGAUUCUCUGACAAUUCUCUUCGUCAGGGUGGUGCUUUACUGUCCUCAAUUAGUGGUCCUGGAUUUCAUACUAUGGUGCCAUUUUUGACGUCGUAUCGCAGCGUCCAAAUCACCAUGCAGACAGACGAAGUCAAGAAUGUACCGUGCGGAACCAGUGGUGGUGUCGUUAUACAUUUUGAUCGAAUAGAAGUGGUCAAUAUUCUUAGCAGUUCGGAAGGUUUGUUUUGUGAUUGUCCAUAGAUGAUUCGAGCAGCUAUAGACCAAGUUCUGAUCUCGGCAAGAAGAACAAAAUCCAUCGCCACAGCUAGAAAGAGCAUGUUAAAAUUAGUACAAGUGCAAAGUUUCGCCUCGAAAUGUUGUAAAAUACGGAAAAUAUAGCCCUGCGAAAUUUUCAAAUUUUGUAUUAAUUUGUAUUACUCGCGGGAAAAUGCAUCACUUUCGGCCCAAAUGUGAUGCAUUUUCCCGCGCGUAAUACAAAUUAAUACAAAAUUUUCGAAUUUCGUAGGGCUAUAUUUUCCGCAUUUUACAACAUUUCCAAACCAAACUUUGCAAUUUUACUAAUUUUAACAUGCUCUUUCUAGCUCUGGUGAUGGAUUUUGUUCUUCUUGCCGAGAUCAAAAUUUAGUCUAUAGCUGAAAUUGCCCAUUGCAGAUCUGCAGGACACUUUUCAAAGCGUGAUUCUCAAGUUCAGGCCGUAAAAUAUCGGUCAGAGAACCGCCUUGACAAAAUGUUCGAUGAUUAUGAGUUUGGGGCGGACAUAUGUAUUGUGAUGUCCGAUUACUUUGAGUUCAGGUUGGCUUGGAAAUAAGUAUGAAUGCAGACACGAAUUAACAUCAGCACAAUUUGGAAAAGUCAUUUGAAUCUUGGCAAUGAAUUUCGGAACCCCACGGUGAAAACCCCGCACUUGAUUACACAUUUCCAGUUCACUUUUUAUACAUUACUCUGAUUCUCCAUUAAACACACGAGCCUCUAGUCCUGGACUAGGGUACAUUUUGAUUGACGUUGGACAAAGUUAAGCCCUGGGCAAACUAGGAAACAUUGUUGUGGAAACAUUUGUGAUUCUCGAUGUUUCCUCAAAUGUUUCUCUGUUUGCCCACCCAUGGAAACAUUGUUGCGGAAACAAAAUUUGCUUCCCAGGAAGCAAAAAUGUUUCCUAGCGAAUUCAGAAACAUUUGAUGUUUCCCGAAGUUUCUCACUAAUGUUUCCUAGUGUUUGCCCACUCUGGGAAACAUCGCGAAACAUUGGUAGGAAACAAUGUUUCCGCAACAAUGUUUCCGCAACAAUGUUUCCUAGUUUGCCCAGGGCUUUACAGUUAGGUCGGACACCAAUUCACUUGGGUCGGAUAAACAAUAAACCUCAGUUUCACUUAGGUCGGACAGAAUGUCCAGUUGUUUCUUCUCUACGUCGGACAAUUUCACGGUAUUUUAAGACCAGCAAGUUUCCUGUCAAUAUUCCCAAUUACAAAUUUGGAAUAUCAGAGAUGGAAAUUGCAAGGCCAACUUUGCAAGUUGCUCAGAAUUAAAUUGUUGGAGAUCGGUUUUUUGAACCAUGGCAUAAUUUUUGUAAUUUCUUUAAUUUUUAGUUCAUAACAUUGUGAGAAAUUUCACGGCCGAUUAUGACAAGACAUUGAUAUUCAAUAAAAUUCACCACGAACUAAAUCAGGUAUUUUUUGAGAGAAUCUUUUGUAUGUUACGUAACACGCGCUCAAAAAUAAUGAAUAUAGUUUUCCAUUUUGUUAUGACUAUAUUCAAAUUUUUAAAUUUUUGAUAUGUUUCUCAAGCGGCAAACAAACUUAAAAAGUAUGUUUAGUGCUUUAUCUGUAAAAUUAUGCUAAAAUGAAGAGAUUUUAGAUGGUACGCCAAACAGAAAAUGAUGUCUGAAGUUCAGUAAGUUUUGCUUAUAUUGCUGUAGAAAUAUGGCGUCAAUUUUACAGCAUCAAUGAUAAUUGUAUUGAAAUUUAUUUAUUUUUAUUUUUUUGUUUAACAAUAUUUAACUAUUAUUUUGUGUUUCUCGACCGCCAGAUAUAUUUAAAAGGAUUACUAUAACUGUGUAAACUACAAAAUAAAGCUAAAACAAAGUAAUUUUGAGAGGAACGCCAAAAAGAUUUUAGGUUCUGAACACAUCGCAAAUAUACGUGACAUUGAAUUGUACAAUUUCCUGAUUAUUCUAAGUAUGGACGAUAUAGCAUUUUUUUUUUAUUAUUUUAUAGUUUUGCAGUGCCCACACUUUGCACGAAGUCUAUAUUGAUCUUUUUG